GACGAGACGAUUGCGCAAGCACCAGCUAAGUGCUCGAAUAGAAAAAGAUGAUCAAGAUAACUUUUAUACUUUUGGCAAUAUCAGUUUUGAUCGUAUUGAGUUUGGCUCAGGACAGAAUCGUUUUUUCUGUAGACGAUGAAGAUGAAGAUGAAAUGGCAACUGAGGAUGUUUCCGUUGAAUUAGGAAGUGAUACAACAUACCAGUGCACAACAAAUUAUGGUAAAACCACUUGUUCUUGUACAAACGGAUUAGUUGGUACUCCUCCAAAUUGCAAGUUACGGUGUUUAUCGCCGAUCGAUUGUCCUGAAUAUGAAAAGUGUAUCAACGGAGAAUGUGUAAAUAUUUGUGCAUCGAACACCUGCGGAACGAAUGCCGAGUGCAUAAUAUUAUUUCGGAAUGUGAUUUGUUUGUGUCGAGAAGGCUUCACUGGAGAUGCUUAUAAAGUGUGUAGCCAAUUAUCAAAUUGAAAAUAAA